AAUGAUUAUAAAGAUGAAUAUACUAUAACGAUUUUAAAUUUUAAAACAAAUUUUUUAAAUAUCCUCUGUAUCACCGCCGGUGUAGAUACAAAAAACUGUCCUGAGAUGAUUUAAGGUUAAGCAGUGUGGAUCGUAAUGUCUGAUCCGCUUGAGCGCGGCGAUCGAGGAGGACGAAACAGACGAAGGCGCCGAGCUGGACGUAAGGACUUUUUUCAAGAACGCGGAGACCGAGACCUAUCAGAUACUGGAAAUCUUAGUUCUUUAAACUCUAAACCGCCAAUAAUCUUGGCUAAACCACAUUCUUCUGAUUUACUUACUACAAUGAAUCCUACUUCUUCUUCAUCCUUGAGUGGAAAUAACAUGUCUGGAGUGAAGAUGGGUGAAAAACAAAUUGUAGUUUUGAAAGCCCGUGAAGACAGCACCAGUAGCAGUACAAGUGUAGGAAAUAGCUGCUGUACUAGUUCAGGUAUUUGUUUAGGAGCCUCUCUCAGUUCAGGACGCUCCAGCACACCAGCUUCGAGUCUACAUAACAUCAAUGCUGCUGUCUCCAGUGAUCUGUCAUCCCAUUCAACAUCUCCUUAUCAGAUGCAUCGAAAUACUCAGCUUUCUUCUAUGGAUGAGUGUCAGAACCGACUUGCUCCUCUCCCAGAAAUGCCAAGAUGCAUCAAGUUGGUUGAUGACUCAAUGCAUUGGUGUGACACUGGAAUGGAAGUUUUAGUAGAUCAAAAUAACUUUUUUGUUGUUGGCGUCUUGGGCAUGCAAGGAGUUGGCAAAUCAACAAUAAUGUCGCUCUUGGCUGGGAAUUCUUCUUCAGAUUAUUACCGAAACUUUGUGUUCCAGCCUCAGAGCAAAGAAAUACGAGAAGUUGGUAGUCACCAGACUUCAGGAGUUGAUAUGUUUGUCACCAAUGAUCGAGUUAUCUUACUUGACACUCAGCCUGUCCUAAGUGCUUCUGUCUUGGACAUGAUGAUACACCAUGACAAGAAGUACCCAGCUGAAUACAGCACUGCUGAAAAUUGUAUGGAAAUGCAGUCACUGCAGUUAGCUGCGUUCAUGAUGACCGUAUGCAAUGUACUUCUCGUAGUCCAAGAUUGGUUUACCGAUAUCAACUUCCUCAGAUUCUUGUUAACUGCCGAAAUGCUUAAACCUUCAACUCCUGCUAAUUCCCACGAUGACACAUCAGUUCAAGAGAAUACUGCAGACUAUUAUCCACAGAUUGUGUUUGUCCAGAAUAAGGCAGUAAGAGAUGAUUUCAGUGUAGAAACUUAUCGUGCCAAACAAUGUCUACUAUCCAAAGUGCUUGAGAAUUCCAAGCUUAAGUACAAAGAUGCUGUGACUUUGGCCACUGGAGAGUUACUGCCUGGGUUAAAUAACCGAAAUAUCACCACAGGGGUCAAUUUAUUUUUGCUGCCUCAUAUGGACAAUCAGAAAGUUGAAGCUGAUUCAAUAUUAACAUUUUUGCCUGAAUAUCGUGGCUACCCAAGUUUUAAUAGGCUGCUGCAGUCCCUUCGUAAUCAAGUAUUCGCUUGUCAACGUCGCCUGCUUACACACACUAUUCUCUCUGAGAAAAACUGGUUUCAUUAUGCAGCAAGAACUUGGGAUACCGUGAAAAAGUCUACUCUUAUGGCUGAGUACAACCGCUUGUUACCGUGAACUGUAAGCAAAUCUAGACCUGGUGGAUGCUGGCAGCUUUAUCUGCAAGGUUUGAAUUGCAGGGGCUGGUUUUCUAUGAGUGUUGAGGUAAUGAGGGAUGUACACAAGCUACCAUCUGCUCAGAAGGGUGAGUAGGUUGUACAGCCCAACCAGCCCAGAGUGACAGUGAAAGUCAGCCUGCAUCAAUCCAUUGAUGACACUGGAGAAUAUAAAGAGACCUGCUGUUCCUUAUGUGGGGACAUGCCCUCUCUUUUAAGCUCUGGAUGUGAUGCUGUGAAAUAUGUUCACUUUGAAGAAUAAUUCUUCCAGCAAGUUUUAUUCCUAGCCCCUUUCCUACUUCAGCUUUUUGGUUCAAACAUGAUUUUUUUUUUUCUUUCUUUAGUUUGGCAUAGGAUUUUCUGUUCUUUUUAUUUCAUCACAGAUUUUAUAGAAGGGUAUAUUUCUCAGACUUGUGUUCAUGGCCCAUAUAAUGUCAGUCACUGUAAGUGUAGGACAGAAUCCAUGAUUAAAAACUCUUUGAAACUAGGAAAUAAUAUUCCAUACAUUGAGAAUUUAGUGAUUCUAAGUGUCAAAAACAGGUGACAACUAUUCACCUCCGUGACUGGAAGUUGUUCCCUGAAGAUUUUUUCAGUUCUUUUAAACAGUUGUAGCUAUAUCCAUACUGGAGCUUAUCCUUCAGAUAAAGAUAUCUAAAGUUUUAGCUAGUUGAAUAAUGUCGAAAUACUUAAACUAUAGAGCACCCAUAUAGUUAAAACUGUACUUUAAAAUAGAUCUUACUCUAUUAGGUUAUAUUACUAUAAUUGUUCAAGAUAAACAUACAGUUAGGAUAUUGAGAUGGAAGUCCUUCAUUGUGUGAAAAGUAUUGGAUUUGGAGUGGAAUUUUUCACAGACUUGGUGAUGAUUUUAAACUAAUGUGAAAUAUUCUGGUGAUUGUUAUGGAAUUGGUGUUAUUAGGUAAUUCAAGUUCUAUCAUACAAGUAAAAUCUAAUUUUAAAUCAUGUUGUGAAUAAUUAAAAACAAAUAAGAAAAAGUAACAAAUUCUUCUGUGAGGUUACUAUGAAAGAAUAUUCACUGAAAUUUGUAUAUUGAAGUUCAAACUUGUUGCCUAAUUAUACGUUUUUGAUUAAAAUGGCCAUUAAUGUCAAGACUUGAAACUCUGCCAUCCGAAUUGAAUUAUGUCUGUGUAAAGAAUAUGUUACUUACUUCAGUCACUCCCAUCUACAUUUCGCAGUUGAAUGCUUGUUUUUGAGAAUCCAUGCAUAUCAUUUAAAAUAUGACAUCAUGGUAAAGCGAAAAGUCGUUUGUGUCUAUGUAGAUAAUCUCAUGACAUGCUUAAACAACCAGGAGAAAAUAGUGGGUGUGUGGCAGGAAAUCAGAUUUAUUUCCUAUGAAAGAAAUAUAUUUCCAUUUUGCUAUCAGCUAUUUACUGAUUUUAUUUCACUUCUCUUUUAUAUUCAUAAUGUCAGAAGGCAUUCUAUUCAUUCUAUUCUGUUAUGUGUGUUUUUAUAUAUAUAUACAGUGUUGAUUUUUGUGGUAUAAAUACAUAAAAGUGUUCAAUGCACCCAUGUGUUUCUCUAUAAUCCGACCCAUGUAUGAUAAAUAGUGCAUAACAAAAUCUAAGGCUUAAUUGACCUCCAGGUCAACAGCAUACAUUAUUGGAUUUCUUUUCAAUAUGCUGAUGUAUAAUCAACCAAAAAGCAAAUUAAAUGAAAUUUUGGAGCCAGAUAUGUAAUCCUGUUUAUCUUCUUCAUAACAAAGACUGUUAGAUUUAAUGUGGUCAUAAUAAUGGAUUUUUUAUAGUUAUACAAAUUAUAUUUUAGAUUAUUUAUUUAUAUGGUGGUUUACGCUGUCUUCAUUUGGUCUCCUACUAAGUACUGUUUUCUAUAUUCAUAUUCACUGUCUUUCUCUUCUUAUGUGCUGCAAGCUUGUAAUAUGUUUCAAUUUAACAUUUUCUGUAUUUGAAAUAAGUAAAUAAAUGCCUGCCUUAAUAA